AUGGAUGAUGGUGACCUUCCACCAUUUUGGCAGACACAAGCCUCCAUAACACGGCCGAUCCACCACCAACGACGGCGAGCUUCUCCAUAUCUAAACUCUUCUUUACUUAUCAUAAUCUUGCCUUCUUUACUUCUCCUUUUUGUUAUCUUCAUUUUCAUUCCUUUUAUUUCAAGCAUUCUUCCACAAAUUCAAAAAACCAUUUCUAUUAAAAGGAGUUGGGAUUCCCUCAAUAUAAUUCUAGUUCUGUCCGCAAUUUUAUGCGGUGUUUUCGCUAAACGAAAUGAUGACGUUCCGAUCCCUGAUCGUCAACAACUCCGCCGCAACAGUAUUGGUGCUACUGUUCAUAAUCAACAAACGGUACCUGAUCAUGAUUUACAGGAUGAAAUUAGUAGCAGUAGUAGUAAUACUGCUUUGCUACAUAGGAGUAAAUCAAGUGUUCCACAAUGGUUUGAGUAUUCUCAGCAACAGAGGAUUAUUUCUUCUUCGGUCAACCAAUCAACGGUUAAUAGUACUGGAAUCUCCCGGUUAAGGCGGACAGUUAGUUCAGAUCCGUAUAUUGGAUUCACCGGGAAUAACCAGUUCCGGUUCUUUGAUAAUCUUGAUAUUAGCAGAUUUUAUCCUAAAGAGGAAUCUCAAUCCACGUUGAUUGAAACUCAAGAAGAAGACGACAUCGUUGAGAGUAAAACAGUGAAGGAAAUUCCGGUGGACGAUUCUACACUUAAAAAGCGAGAUGAAAUACGAUCGCCGAUUGUAUCACCACCAAAAACUCCGCCGCGUGAUCCUCCAACGGUGCCUCCAUAUCCACCACCACCUCCACCUCCACCUCCACCAACGAAGCAGAGAAGAACAUUCCAGAAUAUUCCUAGACAAGAGCGAGCUCCGUUAUCACCUCCACGACAGCCGCCACGUGGACGGGAAGAGAAGAGAAGAAGUUCUCGUAAGAGAAUGAAUGCAACGAAGGAAAUAGCAACUGCUUUAGUUUCUCUCUACAGUCAUAGAAAGCGAAAACGAAGAGCAAAAAUGCGCGGGAAUCAUGAAGAAGAUUCGAGAAAUUCGGAAAAUCAAAGUCAGUCUCAGUUAUUUCCUCCACCCUCUCCACCACCACCACCUCCACUUCCACCACCGCCGUCAGUUUUUCAAAGCUGGUUCAAAAAAGGAAGUAAAAGCAAGAAAAUCCACUCUCUAUCCUCAAUACCACCACCAUCCCUUCCACCAACCCAUCAAAAACAGGAAAAACCACCAGGAAAACCGCCUUUACCGAGAAGAAGAGAAAUAGGAAACGAGUCUCCGAUGAACGGAAUUCCACCUUCGCCUCCCCCACCGCCAUUCAAGGUUGGUGGGAUGAAGUUUCCGGUAGUGGGAGGUGGAUACAUUAAUGUAAAGAUACAGAGUGUUAAGCGUAGGGAUUCGGAGAUGGACGGUGACGAUGAGUCCAUGUCAAGUUCAAGUGAGAUCAACGGUAGAGAUGUAGAUGGGAUGGGAAUGAGUUCGGUGACGUGUCCGAGUCCAGAUGUGAAUUCAAAAGCGGACACAUUUAUUGCAAAGCUUCAUGAUGGAUGGAGGCUUGAAAAAAUUAACUCAUGGAGAGAGAAACAUAAUAUGGCUGGUAAUGGGUCAACUUCUAAUUCUAGGCCCAUUACUAAGGGCCCAUUUUGA